UUUCACGCCGCCCAUUUUUCAAUUUUUUUACCUUUUGCUUAUGGAACUUCUCGCCGGUAACUGUCGGAAACGAGUCAGCGCAUGUUGACGCAUUCGAUGAUGGUACUAACAGUAGCCGUUCACUGAGAGAACUCAGGGAAACGUCGACGUUUUUGAUAGAUAUUCUCGCUAGAGGUCUGGACAGGCUGACGUGGAGGAAAGAGGUCAGUUGACGCGCGGGUUUGCAAAGGGUGAGCUCGAGAUGGAGACUCAAGGUCGAGUCUCCAGAGAUGGCACGUCUUGGUCUUGGGAUGGUGUGUCUCUGAGGUAAAAUCAGCAAACAGUUUUAAAACAAAACGAGUCGAGAGCUUUGUGGUUCGGUUGGUCAUACUGUGAAAAGUAAUUAAUUUUGAGGUUUAUUAGAGAAGCUAAACACAUUCUUUGUUCUCUCUACAUGUUUGGCUUGUGGUAUCAUUUGAUUUUAGAUUGGUUUAACUUCUCACCUUAAUUAAAACAUUGAACUUUCGAUCAUAUAGCUGAUAGAUUGAUGUGGCUGUCAUCACAACCUUGUACAGAGGUUGUUUAUUCGGGCCUGAGUGUUGUGUAUAUACCACUUCUAAACACUAUUAGUGUACAUGUAGUUCUUUGAUUCUAGAUGACAUUGAUAUGCUAAACACUAUUAGUGUACAUGUAAUAAACAUCUCAGUUUCUAUCAGACAUUUUAUGUUUAAUAGGUGUAGCAAAUAUUUGUUUUAUUUGCUGAGUUAGGAAGAGUUAAGUCUUACAAAACCAACUCAGUCAGUGGAGACCAUUCCAUAGAGGCUCAACUGAAAGAUUAAGAUUAGGUUCUAGAGUUUUGUUAUAUUUUGGUUUAAUUAAAUCUACCACACUUUGUAUUUUUACGGUAUUGUGUUUAUAAGUUUCGAAAUAAAGACAAAAAGGGUUUGGUGAUUGGGAUCUUGUAACGCCUGUGGGAGACGAAAAGGAUCAUCGGUUACAUCGACUGUGACUGACACGUUCUUGAGCUUGUGAGCUCGUGGCUUUGAAGAAAGGAUAUGGAACGUGGAGGCUUCCAUGGCUACGGCAAGUUCUCCCUCAACACCACCACCAAUCCAGGGAAGCUUUUGAUGGCAGAGAGCGGCAUGCAGCUACCAGAACCCAACCAGCCUACCAAAACCGCUAACGGCGGCCAAGAGGAGUGCACGGUGAGAGAGCAAGACAGGUUCAUGCCUAUCGCCAACGUGAUACGGAUCAUGCGGAGGAUCUUACCUGCUCACGCCAAGAUCUCUGACGACUCCAAGGAGACGAUCCAAGAGUGUGUCUCCGAGUACAUCAGCUUCGUAACAGGGGAGGCCAAUGAGCGUUGCCAGCGGGAACAGCGCAAGACCAUCACUGCCGAGGAUGUCUUGUGGGCAAUGAGCAAGCUCGGUUUUGAUGAUUACAUCGAACCCUUAACAUUGUAUCUCCACCGCUACAGAGAGUUGGAGGGUGAUAGAGGAGUAAACUGCGGUGUUGGAUCCGUUAGUAUGACCAAUGGCAUGGUGCUCAAGAGGCCUAAUGGUACCAUGGCCGAGUAUGGUCCCUACGGGACUAUGGCGCCGUACCGUUAUCAUCAUCAGAACGGGUUUGCUUACAGUGGUAACGACCCUAAUUCUAAAAUGGGUGGUUCAUCAUCUAGUUUUUGAACACAAAGUUUUCAAGCAAAAAAACAAUGAUGCUUUGUCUCUAUGUAUCUUCUCCUUGAACGAACCUAGUGUUUUCAUUUGAUCUUUUCAUGUGAUAAACUGUGUCAAUAAAGCAUUAGGUUCCAAACAGCA